AGCUUUUCCAUCCCAGCUGAUUGAUUACCUUUACUUCGUAUUGCUUAUUUUAAUAUUUACAAAGUUUCAUUGAUUAUAAAGAAUUUGAUCUUACGAAGAAUUUAAUGUUGUUUAGAUCUUUUGCCUUACUCCAGUUUCGCCAGGCUCUAGGAAUAAUAAGAAGUGUAGAGACGCAUCAUCAUCGCCAGCUAGUUUCGUCAAUUUGCACAGUGAACAGGAAUAAAUAUUCGACAAAGGAAAUACCAACUAUGAGUCUAAAUCAAACUGAUACCCACGUGAAGUUAAGGCUAAAUAACAUUGAAAAAAGCGAACAGGAUAAUCGAGAGUAUAGGGGACUACAAUUAAAGAAUGGCCUCAAAGUUCUACUCGUUAGUGACGUUGGCACCGACGUUUCUGCCGCAGCCUUAUCCGUGCAAGUUGGGCAUAUGUCGGAUCCGGAUACACUACCCGGACUGGCACAUUUUUGCGAGCACAUGCUAUUUUUAGGCACAGAAAAGUAUCCGAACGAGAACGACUACACGACGUAUCUUUCGCAAAGUGGGGGUUCGUCUAAUGCAGCCACCUAUCCUCUGAUGACUAAAUAUCACUUCUACGUUGCUCCAGAUAAACUAGACGGCGCAUUAGAUCGAUUUGCACAAUUCUUCAUCGGCCCAUUAUUUACACCGAGUGCCACAGAACGUGAAAUCAAUGCUGUUAAUUCAGAACACGAAAAGAACAUUUCGAGCGAUGAAUGGCGUAUAAAACAAGUGCAUAGGCACUUGGCGAAGACAGGUCAUGCGUAUAACAAGUUUGGGAGCGGGAGUAAACGCACACUUUAUGAAAUUCCCAAGCAGCAAAAUAUAGAAGUAAGAGAUGAAUUGCUCAAAUUUCACAAAGAGUGGUACUCUGCAAACAUAAUGAGUUUAGCAGUAAUUGGAAAAGAUAGCCUCGAGGAACUUGAAGAGAUGGUGCUACAGAAAUUCGCGGAAAUCGAAAAUAAAAGCGUGCAAAUACCAAAUUGGCCACGUCAGCCAUAUGACGAUAAUCAGUACGGGCAGAAAGUACUUAUUGUGCCGGUCAAAGAUCUGCGUUCCAUAACGAUUAGCUUUACGACGGAUGAUCUCACAGAGUUUUAUAAAACCGCUCCAGAUAGCUAUUUCACACAUUUGCUAGGACAUGAGGGAAAAGGAAGCAUACUGUCAGAGUUGCGCAGAUUGGGUUGGUCUAAUGAUCUGCUAGCCGGACAUCAAAAUAUUCUAAAUGGAUUUGGAUUUUUUGAAAUUCACAUUACUCUCACACAGGAUGGUGUCGACCAUGUUGACGACAUUAUUCAAAUUGUUUUUCAAUAUUUUAAAAUGCUGCGCGAACUUGGCCCACAGAAAUGGAUAUUUGAUGAAUGUGUCAAAAUUAAUGAGAUGCGAUUCCGGUUCAAAGAGAAGGAGAAACCAGAAAAGUUAGUAACCAACGUUGUUUCGUGUAUGCAGGUAUACCCAUUAGAGCAAGUGCUAACAGCGCCUUAUUUAAACGAUGAGUGGAAGCCAGAGUUAAUAACAAAGCUGUUGGACGAACUUAUACCAUCCAAAUGCCGUGUAAUAGUAAUUGGACAAAGCUACGCAGAACAAGCUGAUAUGUCGGAACCGUACUACCAAACUAAGUACACAACGUUGAAAAUAGAAAGGGAAACUAUGAAGAAAUGGGAGGAGUGUGAGUUGAAUAAAAAUUUGGCUCUUCCGCUCCCAAAUGCAUUUAUACCCGAAAAGUACGACCUGGCUCCGUUCGACCAUGAUUUAUCUAAACAUCCCGUAAUUAUUAUGGAUACUCCUAUAUUACGAGUAUGGCAUAAGCAGGAUAACUUCUAUUUGAAGCCAAAAGCCUGCAUGUCAUUCGAUAUGUCCAACCCGAUUGCAUAUUUGGAUCCUCUCAAUUGCAAUUUGAACUAUCUCAUGGCGUCUCUUAUUAGAGACCAGUUGAAUGAAUAUUUAUAUGAUGCGGAAUUGGCCGAUUUGAAGCUGCAGGUUGGAAAUAAGUCGAAUGGAAUUGACAUAGCUAUAAGAGGAUACGAUGACAAACAGGUGGUUCUUUUGGAUAAGCUUCUCGGUCAUCUGUUUGACUUUGAGGCGAACGAAAAACGCUUUGAUAUCCUCAAAGAGGAGUAUAAGCGCGAUUUGGCCAAUUUUAAUGCUGAACAACCAUAUCAACAUUCAAUUUACUACCUAACCCUGCUUUUGGCUGAGAACGUAUGGUCAAAUUGUGAACUUUUAGACGCUAUUGAGUUGGUGACAUACGAGAGGGUUCUGAGUUACGCCAAAGAGUUUUUCUCCCGACUACACACCGAAUGUUUCAUUUACGGCAACAUAACAAAACAAAAAGCUCAGGAGAUAGCUGGUAUGGUGAAUAAGCGACUAGAAGACACAAAUGCCCGAGUAUUGCCGUUAUUGGCUAGGCAAAUGCUACCUAAAAGGGAAUAUAAACUAUGUCCAGGCGACAGCUAUUUGUUCGAGAAAGAAAAUGACUUCCAUAAGAGUAAUUGCACCCAAUUGUACAUUCAGUGCGGACAGCAAUCUGACCGCAGCAACAAUAUGGUAAAUCUUAUCUCGCAAAUUUUAACAGAGCCAUGUUACGAUUGUUUAAGGACAAAGGAGCAGCUGGGUUACAUUGUCUUUAGCGGACCGAGGAAAGUAAAUGGCGCCAACGGCAUAAGAAUCAUUGUGCAAUCAACGAAACAUCCAUCGUUUGUAGAAGAGCGUAUUGAGUCAUUUUUGCAAAACUAUGUGAACGUCAUAGAGGAAAUGCCAGAGGAGGAAUUUGAACGACAUAAAGAAGCGUUGGCAGUCAAAAAACGAGAGAAACCCAAAACUGUUUUUUCGCAGUUUUCACAAUUCUAUAACGAAAUUUCAUUGGCGCAAUAUCAUUUUGAUCGAAACGAGGCAGAAAUUGCUAUAUUGCGCAACAUUACUAAGGAUGAAUUGCUCGAGUAUUAUAAAAAAUUCAUAGCCACUGAAAGCCCCGAGCGAAGGGUACUUGCAGUUCAUAUUGUUUCAACCCAAAACCAGGAUGAGAAUAUCGCUACCAAUGUCGAUCGUCGUCAUGCUAGAAUUUCUGACUUAGUCGCAUUCAAGUCUAGCAAAGAGCUAUUUCCGCUCUCGUCUCCUUUCCUUAAUAUCAAAGCAAAGGGGGCACGAAGCAAAUUGUAAUACCGGUUAAAUACAUACAUUUUUUUGUCUACCACGCCGCUAUGUGUCUGUCUAUGGUAGAAACUAGACAUAUAUUUGGCUCAUUCGCACUUCUUCACAUUACAUAUGUGUGAAAGAGGACACAACAGGACGCAGAAAUAGAUACUCCCAAUUUGUAUUAUUAAAUAACAAUUAAAUUCGUAGAAUUAAAAUAUGCUCAACGAAUGUCUUCUUUGCCAAUAACUUGCCAUGAUACAAAAAAAAAAUCGGAAUUCAA